AUGGCGCGCUUACCACCUGGCAAUCCAGACUCACGGGCUUCGGCCACUAUCGCAUCCUCUGGCGGCGGCGAUCCGCCUAAGACGCCAAACCACAACAAGGGUGGCUCCGGCAUGGGCCACUACAACGAACGCUAUCGCGUCGGCAAGACAUACAAGUCUACCGACCGACGCUCCAAAUACGAAGGAACCUGCUUUCGCUGCAAGAAGCCGCGUCAUGGCAAUGGUCGAGCAGCCGAUUGCGAACGCGCUUGCGAGGCGUGCGGGAAAUUCGAGCACUUUGGGACGUAUUGUCCUGAAUUUCAAACAUCGUCCUCCUGGAAAAGACACGCUGGUGGCUACGUAGGCCAGACCAACCGCAACAAAAGCAUCAUCGAGGGUCAGGAAAAGGACCUUUCAAACACGCGAGCAGAGCGCGACGCAGCCCACGAAGAUCUUGACACCGCGCAAGACGAGAUCAAGACCCUAAAAGCCAAGGUUGACGACCGUGAUCGCAAGAUUGACAACCUUGAACGCGAAAACGGCGCUUUGCGAAAUCACGCCGAAGAGAUGGCCAGGCGCCUUUGGUCGUCGCAACAAGAGACAAAUUACGCAGAAGCAGAAAUUGCACGCCUUCGAGCGCAAAUUCGCAAUCAAAACGCCCCGCUGCCGCAGGCAUGGGCCACCGAUUAUCCACCCGGACCGCCGCCACAGGAUUUCCGCAAUCCGCUUGGUCAACAGCAACAGCCUGACCAAUCCCAACCGCACCGCUACAUCAACGCGUGCCUCCUCAACCCGCACCCGGUCAUGACCGUCAACGACAAUGGCGUCCACGGACACCUCCACCCGCGGAUACAAAUACGCAUGUCCCUCCAUGGUCGGAGCCCGACAAUGCUCACCAACAAAGUCAACGGGUCCUUCCCUUUCGCCAGAGGCAGGUUUCCCCACCGCGCCAUUCGCAAGGCAACGCCUCACCUUCACACGCUUCGUUCCAUCCGCCGAGCGGAGAACAUCAAGACAUGGCUCCACCGCAACUUGCCGGCUCAGGCUCGGGCCAGCCACGUGAAGAUGAUGAUGGCCAGGAACGCUACAGACCCAAGCGUGGUUAAGAAACUCCUUGGAGUAGCUUCAGCAUCUGAGUAUUUCUCGUGCUGGAGGACCAACUCCAGCCGCUAA